GUUCAGGGUGAGCUGGCUUCUGGACUUUCUGACAUGUGAAGAAGAACACCACCACCACCACUCUCCUUUUCUCCUUCUGUUCCUUUCUUCCUCUUCUGCCCACUUUAAUGGGAGCAGCUUCGCCAUAAUGCCUCCCAAACACCGCGACGGCGAUGUCGUGGCCAUCAUUCCCGGCUCGUUCAUCACACACGCGCAUACCGCAGCUGCGUACGCCGCUUUCAUCAGCGCCUUCAUAGUCGGAGUCUACCUGCAUUACCACAAAAUUGUCGAGAACGAACACUUUGGGUACCCCAUCGAAUGGUUCCCCUCUGUGUCAGCAACCAUUGGAGAUCGCUAUCCCGAACGUUCCUUCUUCCAGGUCUUCAUCGCCAUUUGCUCUGGCCCGCGAUUCGCUCUGUGCUUCCUCUGGUGGUGUCUGGGCAAGAAGCCUAAUGGCAGCAAUAGACUUGUCAACUUCGUUGCAGGCGUGGGAGUUUUCAGGACUCUGACUUGUGGAGGCUGGACAUACGUGACUUCGACCGAUGAUCACGAUUGGCAUGACAUUUUCAUGAUCAGCUACUUGGUCGCCACUUUGCCAUGGACCAUUGGGUGCAUUGCGCUCAGUCCGCCUAAUCCGCAGGCCAUAAAGCUGCGAAAGUACCUAGGAGGCACCUUCUUUGCGACUCUUGGGCCCCUCGUCUACUUUUUCAUCCAGCAUAAGGUGCACCGCGUUCCUGGUGCAUACACCAUCUACGCUUUCUUCGAGUGGUCGCUUGUGCUCCUCGACGUGGCCUUCGACGCAGUCACUGCAUACGAUUUCAGCAGCUUCGAGAUUCAGAUCAAAGAUGUCAAGGGACUCAGCAAGGGAGGCAAUGUCGCAGAGAGGACGCUGGAGAAGCAAAAGAAUAAGCCCAUCGGCAGCGUCUUCGAUGCCAGCGCAUUUACCUGGGACGAGAUGCUUGAUGCAGCCGCUGAUGUCUACCUGGGCUACAUCUUCUGGACGAUCCUCACAUCGCUCGGUGUUGUGGUGUGGUACUUCCCACUUUGGCACAUGGGCAUCUCUGGCUACGAAGUCGCUGUUAUGUCUACUGUCUCGCCUGCGCUGCUCGGCAUUCCUCCACUCCGACGAUUGGUGACUCGCAACAUUUCACUCGUGAUGCUUACCUCAGGAGUUGGACUCCUCGCAUACCUCGUGGUGAACCCACCAAAGCGUCUCGGACUGGUCAGCUUCGGUGUCUGGCAGGGCACUCUUGCCUGGGUUGCACUUUGGUGGAGCAAGAGAAACCAGCCAGCGAUGCUCGAGGCGAAGAUUUCCGCCUGGCUUCUUGGUCUCGUUGCAAGCAGCAUCUCCAAAUUUGCAUUCUGGACGAACAACCCGCUAUGGCCAAUUAUGCACGAUGCCAAUGGAGGCCUCAAUAAGACUGGUAUUGUUUUGUUCCUCCUUGCCGUUGCACGUGCCUACCAAAAGCAGAAUAAGAACAUUGGUAGCGAGCGCAACUUGGACAAGCCAAAGGGACCUUCAAUUCUCGCUGCAAUGGGUGUCGCAGGUGCCACUUUCGGUCUUCACUCUUUGCUUUCCGACUCAAGUACUAUGAUCUUGUGGGUUUGGGAAGGCUUCCCUGUUCGCGGCCCUCUCGCCUCGCCCCACGGAGCAUGGACUAUCGGUGCCAUGGGCCUAGGGCUGCUCAUUGGACUCUGGUACCCAAACUUGUCCCGCGGCUGGGCAGCCUACGGCAUUGGUUCUGUCGGCGCUGCACUACUUACACUCAAGUCGCAUUGGACGGGUUAUUAUGGCGGCCUCACUCUGGCAGUCUAUCUCAUGGCCGUCACUCCUUCGUUGAUCACGAAUGCCGUGCGCUUUGCACCAGGACGAACAUUCUUCUUCGGCUUCUUUUUGUACAACUUCCUGGUUCUCUUCCACGUCUGGGUUGUAGCCUAUGCUUUCGUACCCGGUGGCCCUGCCGUUCGCGAGCAUACCGAUUGGGUCAUGCUCACCACGAUGCUUUUUAUCGGUGGCGGUGUCUUCUCUUCAAUUCACAACAGCAGUCCUGCGAAGCAGAGGUCCUUCCAGCCGCCACCAAAUCCUGCUGCGAAGAGGCAAAGGAGCUACUUCAUCUACGCGCUGCUCGGCCUACAACUCAUCAGUGUGAGUGUCGCCUACCUUCGCUUCCCUACAUACAACUACCAGCCAUACCACAAGGAUAGCAAGCUCAUCACUGCCGGCAUUUGGACUAUUCACUUCAGUAUUGACAACGACAUGUGGAGUUCUGAGCGUCGCAUGGAGGCUCUCAUUCGCGAGACGGAGCUCGAUGUGGUCGGUCUGCUGGAGUCGGAUCUCCAGCGCAUCAUCAUGGGCAACCGCGACACCACUCAAUACCUCGCAGAGGAGCUCGGCAUGUACGUCGACUACGGUCCAGGUCCAAACAAGCACACCUGGGGCAGUGCGCUUCUUUCCAAAUUUCCCAUCGUCAAUUCGACACAUCAUCUGCUGCCAUCGCCAGUUGGUGAGUUGGCUCCGGCGAUUCAUGCAACUAUUGAUGCUUAUGGCGAGCUGGUCGACGUCUUCGUCUUCCACUCUGGACAAGAAGAGGACCCAGAAGAUCGACGUCUGCAGACCGAAUAUCUCAGCAAGCUCAUGGGCAGCACAAACAGACCUAGCAUUCUGCUUUCCUACCUGGUCACGAAGCCCAAGGAAGGCAAUUACAAUGGCUAUGUCUCGGAGACCUCUGGCAUGAGAGACAUCGAUCCAUCCGACUGGGAUCGCUGGUGCGAAUACAUCUUAUACAAGGGCCUCAGGCGUACUGGAUACGCCCGUGUCUCAAGAUCUACCAUCACAGAUACGGAAUUGCAGGUCGGAAAGUUCGUCGUAGGCCAACCUGAGGGUACUGAUGAUCUCAUUCCUGAGGAUCAGGUGCCUGAGCCGUUGCGCUUCCCACAAAUGUUCAGAGGCAAUGGCGUGAGAGAUCACAGAUAUCAUGUGUUUAACGAACCCAGAUACUAUGCUUAAAGGCUGCGAAAGUACUGAUGAUCGAAGAGUGAAAAGAAAGCGGAAUGUACAAAAGGAAAGGAUGUAUUGGUAUCGAUUGAUUGAGUAGUGUAUGAUCGAAAUAUGAAUUGUUCGUCAAAG